UCUUACUCAGUAGAUCGUCGACCGUUGCCGCUGAAAGAAGGUGCUGGAUGAAAGGCUCGAUGCUGGUUUAUUCAUCCAAAUCCACAACUACCUCUUACCUCGAAUAGUCUACUGUUGGACUCCUGGGAAGCUUCGUAACGAUUUGGGGAAAUCUAGAUCCUCGAGAUCGUGAUCGUCCAAUCAACGUUUUGCGCAACGCAACCUCCACAUCGACGACAUAUCCACCCUCAGUUUCCGUCACGACUCGUUCGUAUCGUCUUUACCAUGCUUACCAUGACGAGGUUGCCGUCCGACUCCUUCCUGCCCUCGGGAGGCAUGCUUGAUCACACCCAACGACCGAUAUCCUUCGUACCUCAUUCUAACGGCCAUUCCUCAGCAUCAAUCAUAUCUCCGCUAUCUUUGCCACACUCCAUAAAUCAAUUGUCAUAUAUCGACGAGUCACAUUUAUCAAAUCUACCACCUCCUAAUUAUUCACAUUCGCCUUCGCUUUCCGCAGCUCCACAGUCCCAGCAGCAGUCCCUUUCACCGCGCCGGAGUCCUCUAAAUAACCCCGAGCAGAGAUUGGCUAGCCUGUCAUCCACCAAGAAUCAAGCCGAGCCCGGGGUGACGUCCCCACCCGACAACAUGAGUACCAACAAUCUAGUGGACCUGCUGCGAUGCAGGGAUGAGCAGAACAAAAAAAUGAUCGAGCUGUGGCGUGCUGAGCGUGCCCAGCUUGAGGCCAACCGCGACCAAGCUGAAGAACUUUACCAGGGAGAACGGGCCUUAAUGGACCAGGAACGGAAGCUAUGGGAACAGGAAAAGGCUAGGAUCCAGAAUGAGUUAUUGCAGUGGCAAAGGAGAGUAACAUUGCUUGAGCAGGACAAGUACCAGCUUAUACAGCAGAAUCAAAAUUUAUCGAUACGCCUCCGGGGCACACAGGGCAGAGGAAGUCAAGCAACCAGAUCUUUUGAUGGUAGCACCGAUACUACUGCGGGCUCUAUUAGAGGCGGUGGUCUCGGUAGUCCAGGGUCCCACUCGCAGUCAACAGAUCUACCCCCGAGUUCAUCAGAAGGCACAUCUCCGAAUACGGCACCUUCAGCAAGCACCAUGUCCAACUUGCUUCUUGGAUCGACGAUGCCGGAUUCGCAGCCCUUCAUACCACUGGACCCCCGUAUGCAGGGUCCGUCGCCGGGAGUGGCAUCUCCAAAGACUCAAGAAGAGCGGAUUCCAUCCAUCGACAUUCAAGAGGUUAUGCCUGGAUUGGAAGGGAUUCGCGUGAGGACGAAUGCUGUCCAAAAAACCACCUUCACCGACGAGAAGCCACUUUCUCCACCUGCCGGACUGAAAAAGCUCUCACCAUCUACCGCGACUAAGCAGGAUCCGGGUCGCACGCGGGUGGUACCAGCCGAAUUAACUAAAGAGGCGCUCCAGGCCCCCGAGUCCGACAGGCUUACGAUGCAUGCCGGACACACGCCAAAUCACUCCAUGUCCCUGUCCCGUCUCCAUACCGUUGACUCUACUGCGGCGACCAAUACAUCCAAUAGCUCCGGAACACAAACCCCUAAAAACCCUCUACUGGAAGUUAGCCAAGGCGGCGCCGUAGAACAAUCGGCACAUGGUCAACCAGCAUGUGACUUGGCCGCUGUUGGAACGUGUAUGAAGUUGGAUGUCGGUAGCGAGCCCGCGGCCGAUAGACUAGGACCCCUACCCGUCCUGAUUCCACGUGAACAUGACCCGGAGUUAAAAGGGCCAUUGCAACUCAGAAAUCUUCCGGCAGCUGACGAGCCAUUCCUGAAGGCUUUAUCAGACAAGCUUGAGCAAGUCAUCACUAAUAACCUUAGUCCUACUGUACUCGAGGAACAGGCUGCAGAACCGAAAGAAUUUCCUGAGCUGAACCAUGAAAAGCCUACUCAGGCUGGCGGUGAUGGAGCUCAGGAUGCUCAAGUGGAGCCGGUUGAAGAGGAAGAUGAAGAAAUUGACAUCCCUCUUAAGCUAAAACCGUCUAACAACUUCGGCGCGCCCCUGGGACAGCUUCGAAAGCAAGGACUUUGAGUGUUUCCUGUUCGUCGAUGUUGUUGGCGCAUACAGCGUUGCUCAAAUUUACGUUCUGUGCACAUAGUAUUGUCGUUUCUUUUAUUUAUCUGUCUUCCUGGCUCCUAUUGAUAUGGACAGUGGAGUCUACUUGUUGAUUAAACAUGGAGCCACACACCACGAAGAUUUUGCAUCAAUUUCCAAAUUCCCGAUACCCAUUG